AUGGAAACCCAGUCCCCACCCAGCUCAAUUAAGACCGAACAGGCAGACAAUAUAGCAUCGGGGAAACAAGCAGCAUGCUUGAACUGUCGUCGGAGCAAAACUAAGUGUCUCCGUGAUCCUGGGGAACUGAAAUGUAAGAAAUGUACUCAGACUCGGGGAGAUUGUGUUGUGCCAGAAUAUCGGGUUGGCCGAAAGAAAGGAAUCAAGAAUAAACGAGAUGGACUCGAAAAGGCUGUUUAUCGUAUUGAGCAAGCUAUCAAAAAGUCCAAGACCGAUGGUAGCCAAUCUGAGGAUGGCGAAAAUGUUCACCAUCUGAAAAAUCUCUUGAAUGAUGCAAACCACAUCUUACCUGGAAGUGCUUCCGGUGGAUUGUACAGGUCUUUUAGUGCACGAGGCUCUUCAAGUCAAACGCAUCAAUCUCCUCGGAAUGAUUAUUUUGUGCCCCCUAAGUCGGAGCCAAUACCAGAUCAGAAUUCGGAUGAUCAAUUCGCUGUUGACGAUGCGGAGAAUCCUCUUCAACUACUCGCCAGGGCAUCAGAUCUUUCUGUUCCGUCGAGUGCCCCCACUACCUCUAAUUUCGCCUCUCGAGGUCAACGUGGCCAUUCGAGAGAUCAAGAUCUUGAGGCUUUCUUUGGGCCAUUUCACCCUAGCUUAGAUAUCGGGCAAGAUAUCGACCCAAUUGAGAUGGGCAUUGUGACAGAGGAUGAAUCAAUCGGAUGGGGACUCGACCCAUUGUUACAUACCCCUCGUUUCGUCCAACAACGAUCAGCAUUCCUCUUCACGUCUAUUCUGGCUGCUUCAGCUCUAUUCAUCCCAACAGCUGGCGCUCUCUUUAAGCGUCUGUCAAUACAUUGCAAGUACCUCUCACGCAAGAUCAUUGCAAGCCGGAAUCGAUCGCCAGAAAUCGUGUUAGCAUACAUGAUCAAUAUCCCAUGGAUGAGUCCCGGAAAACAUUGGUCCGAUGAUGAGACAUGCUCGUAUAUGGCCAUGGCUCUCACUAUCGCGCUGGAUAUUUUUCUAGAUAAACUCAUUGUUCCUUCCCCUAGCGAUCCACACGGGAAUUUCCAGGCGGGGAGAGCCCAGUCGGAUUGCAUUACGGCCAAGAAGGCGCUGGAAUUGGAUGGGUUUGGGGAUGUGGAUCCGCGUUCGGACUUUGGGAAGAGGCUACUUCGAAGAAGAGAGAGAAUCUGGCUUGCUUUGUUUGUGCUUGAUAGAGGUGUAUGUCUCGCCAGAGGAAGGAGUUUCAUUGUUCCCGUCACGCCCCUCAUCGAGACCUGUGAUGAUUGGCAUAGGUGCCAAAUUUCGGAUGGUUGGGAUGGGUCCAUCGUAUCUUCUGCAAUAUUACGGAGAGAUCUUGUCGACCUUAUAUCUGAAGUGAAAAGAAGCUGCGACAGCAACCGCACGCAAAAUGUAAAUGGAGAAAUGAUUGUUCAGUCGCUCCAGCAAAUGAUUGAUAACUUCUUUGACCGGUGGUACACAACCUGGACCUUCACCAUCGGCGGCACUAAAGGUAAUCAACUCCAUCCUCCAAAUGCGUCUAUCCUAAUGGGCUGUGCAGGCAACUCCAUACCACCCUAUGUAGAGAUUCUCGUUAUGCACGGGCGUCUCUCAAUCUACAGCUCCGUCAUAAACCACCCCACCGCCCCCGUCGAAGUAAAGCGCUUCUUCCGCGCCGCCGGCCUCUCCUCAUCCCUCAACGUCAUGCGCGCAGCCGUCCAAGGCGAGUCUCGUCUAAAGUCCAUGCCGAACAAUACCUGCAUCAUGAUAUCCUUCGCAGCAUGCUUUGCCAUCUACCUGAGCGCCAAAGGAGGAAACGGGACGACCGGGCUGGCGACGAGUAUCAAGGUACUCAUCGAGGAAAGCGCCGGCGUGCUGGAACGGAUCGGCGGCAUAACACCACAUAGGAAUGGAACGAGCCGACUGUAUGGGCGGCAUUUGAGGGAUGUGGUAGGAAGCGAAUUAAGCAAAGUCGAUGGAGCGCAAAGCGCUCUCACGUUACCGCCGCCUCAAGUCACGCGGCAGCCAUACCCAACUGCAGAGCAAAGCUCGCAGCUCCCCCCACAUACACAAGCGCAGAUGUAUCAGCGAUCAGCAGAGGUGCCUCGCAUGCAGAUGCAGUUCUCGGCCAUGUCGGACGAUCAGAUCAACGAGGCGAUCAGCAAUGCUGGGCCGGAGUUGGAUAUGAGCCUGUCGAACUUCCAGAUGGAUGAUAGGACGGGGUUGGAUUGGUUGAAUUGGUUUAAUAUGGAUGUCAAUAGCGGGAUAUGA